AAUUAUUGACAGUAACAGAACACAAGUUCCAUUUGUCUUUCUUAAUUGGAUAUUUUCCCUACCUACAUGUUCCUUAUAUAAUUCACUUCUAUUGAUUGGCCAAAUUCCACUACACUGGGCAAAGAGAAUGGAGAAUGGAAGUGAGAAAUGGAAUUUUCAAGGGAACAGUGGGUUGAAUGCUUCAUCCAUGUCUGUGAGGGGUGUCUAUAACAUGCUGAUGCAGAGAAUCAACAACAAUAAAGACAAGAAACCCGUUGUUCGUCUUUGUCGUGUAGAUCCCACUGAUAACCCAUUGAAUCGGACUACCCCUGUUGCUUGUGAUGCUGUUGCUGAUGCUGUUCACUCAUUUAACUUCAACUGUUACCCUCCCACUGUUGGCUUACCUCAGGCAAAGAGGGCUAUUGCAAAUUCUCUCUCUUCUGAUCUUCCAUACCAGUUACCACCAGAGAAUAUUUUUCUUACCGUUGGUGGCACACAAGCUAUAGACAUAAUGUUACCUGUUCUUGCACGUCCUGGUGCUAACAUUCUCCUUCCAAGACCAGGGUACCCACAAUAUGAUUCUCGUUCUGCUUGUUGUCUCCUUGAAGUUCGGUACUUUGAUCUUUUGCCUGAGAGAGGUUGGGAGGUUGACCUUGAUUCCCUUGAAAAUCUAGCAGAUGACAACUCGGUGGCUAUGGUCCUCAUCAAUCCUAGUAAUCCUUGUGGAAAUGUGUUCACAUACCAACAUUUAAAAAGGGUUGCUGAGAUUGCGAGGAAACUUGGAAUCUUCGUAAUUUCUGAUGAAGUUUAUGGGCAUGUAACCUAUGGAAGCAAUCCAUUUGUGCCCAUGGGAGUGUUUGCACCAAUAGUGCCAGUCAUUACAAUUGGGUCUUUAUCAAAAAGAUGGUUAGUUCCUGGUUGGAGACUUGGUUGGAUAGCCGCAUGUGACCCUCAUGGAAUUUUUCAGAAAACUGGGGUUCUGACAAAUAUCAUCAGCUAUUUGGAGAUCACAUCUGACCCUCCAACCUUCAUGCAGGCAGCAAUACCUGAAAUCUUUGACGAAACAAAAGAUGAUUUCUUUUCAAAAAAUCUUAAUAUAUUGAGGGAGGCUGCAAACAUAUUCUAUGAUGGAUGCAAGGAGAUCCCUAGCUUGACAUGCCCUUACAAACCAGAAGGAGCCAUGGCUGCAAUGGUGAAGAUUAACUUUUCAGAAAUUAAGGACAUUAUUGAUGAUAUGGAUUUCUGUACCAAGCUGGCCGAAGAGGAAUCCGUCAUUCUUCUUCCUGGCACUACGGUUGGACUGAAGAAUUGGGUUCGAAUUAGUUUUGCUGUGGACACUUCUGAUCUUGCAGCUGGCCUUAGCAGGAUCAAAGCAUUUAGCCUUCGACAUGCAAAGAUGCCAUAAAAGUCAUGGCACGGGGGAGGUGUUGGUUACUUAUUUGUACGAAGAUAGUUGCCUUUUAUUUUAUAAUACUCUGGAUUUACAAGUAAAUCAAUGCUAUUCGAAUGCUGCCAUUUAUUAUUAUUGUUAUUAUAGAGUACACUCGUCAUAUUUAAGGGACGGAGUUAGAAUUUUGGCUAAAGAGAAGUCCAAAUAAAAAAAUUAAAUGAUAUAGAAUAAAUAAAUAAAUUUAACUAU